UCUUCGUCUGGCGCUUGCGACGGCGAUGAUGUUGAUUCUUUUCGGCCACUGUUGCGUUGUUCCUGCAUUGAUUUUUCCAAUGCCGCGUCGCUGUUUAUACUAUUGAUUGUAUAUAAUAUAUCAGCAAGACUUUCAGGUUACCUCCUACUUCAGAUUACUAUUUACUCCCUCCGGUUGAAAGAACCUAUCACGAGGAUCCGAUCCCUCCAAUCGCGCACUACUGGGCUGGUCCCCGAAAUACCCGUGCUUUACGCCAAUUGAUAGGACUUAUAUAUUUCGGCGCACUCCAGCCCUCUAACCCGAGACAUUCCGCUUCCCUAUACUUAUGCAUUCCAUCCCGUCUUAUCAGUUUCAUCGCCACCUCAUUGAUUCUUAAUUCCAGCUGCGGUGAUUUGGCUUGGGCCGCUCCCUUCCAAAAUGGAAGCCUCGUUUCCGAAUGUGAUGAAUCAACCAGUUCAGCCAAUUCAGCCCGUUCAGCCAGACCGAACGGAGUUAGGGCCCCCGUCAAUGAUCAUCCAGCAAUACGCCCGGUAUCCUGCGCCAGAGCCCGGGCUACAUAGCGCAUCCUCUAUAGGCAGUGCUCGCAGUCAGAUUGCCACCUCUAAGUCGCCCCCUCUUCACCGCAAGGCUACCCCGCGCAGCUUACAGGCAUCGCCAACCGCCCCACGUCCUGGUGUCGUGGCCUUAGCCCCAGCCCCAGUAUCGGCACCAGCACCAGUAUCAACACCAGCACUAGCACCGGCACCGGCACUAGCACCUGCACCUGCACCACCAGCACCAGUGCGCCAAGCACCUUCAUUAUCGCCACCCGGUUAUGACUCUCUGCAGCAGAGGCCAACGCGAGAACAGAUGGAACAGUCUGAAAUUCGAUCUCUUCCAUCUCGCGACAUCACAGACGCAAUUAUCGACGAUGCCUAUAUUAUGUUUAUUUUCUACUGUAAUCCGAAUGUUCCCCUAUCGAUGGAUACUUCGGAGUUACGGAAAACCUUCAGAUGCCCUCCGAGGAGUGAUGGAAAGAGCUUCAGCAUAUUUGCGCUCUGGGAACUGAUCAAGAAGCUCGAUAGCAAAGAGUUGAAGACCUGGAUUCAGCUGGCCAUCGAACUGGGUGUAGAGCCACCCUGCAUGGAGAAGAAACAAAGUACGCAGAAGGUUCAGCAAUACGCAGUGCGACUUAAGCGCUGGAUGCGCGCAAUGCACGUUGAUGCUUUCUUCGAAUACUGUCUGGGUCACCCUCAUCCUUAUUACACUCAGCUCCCACCUAGCGAUAUUAUUAGCGAAAGCCGAGAUGGGGUUCCACUUGAAGAAGAUCUUGCCUUGCGAGCUCUUGUACCUCAAUGGAAGCCAAAACGCGGGCGAAAGCGAGGCGAACUAGAGGCGCUGGAAAAGGCCGCCAAGCGACCACAACUCGAUACUUCAAUGAGCAUCAUCCACCCAGGACCGUUUCCUGGACAUACUUCAGCAUUUCCAACAAGUGCCAUUCCGUUUAGCGCUUUCCCUGACGAGAUAGAGUCGUCUGAUCCGUGGAUGGGCAACGCACAUUCGUUCUCGGCUGAAGGAACAUCUGUGACUCAGGCUACCCAGCAGAGUCAAGACCUCAGGUGGAGACAUAUAGAACGCGAUGCCUCGCCGAAUGGCUACCCCCAUUCUGCCAUCGUCCCCAGGAAUAACCAACAGUCGGAGAUCUUCAUUCAGCCUGCAGAGCCACGUUCAGCAGUGACACCAUCUUCUAGCGACAAAGCGCGCCCCAAAAGACGCCAUGGUCCCGCCGUGUCAUCUGCCUGGCCUAGUAACAAUGGGAGCAACGGAAAGACGCGAGGCCGACCGCCCAAUCGAGGAACGGUGUCGGGCCCAUUUUCCUCUUUCCCAGUGAAUCCUGUCCGCACUGAGUCUGCUCAUCUACAAAAUUCCGGGGUCCGACCAUCUCCCGCUAUUAUCCUUGACCAAGACCACUCCAACCGGUUCAGUAACUCUCCAUACCAACAAUCGCCCACCCCAUUUCAUUUAGGUCCUAAGCCAAACAAACUACAGCUCCAGGUCCCACAACAGCAUGGGGGGCCUGUGCGCCUUGCGACACCUCCCACACUGACGGUGAACGGGGUUCAUGGCGCCUCUGGCCUGAUGAAAAUCGAGAAUCUCCAACGAAAUGGGACUUUGGCGCCACUAAACGACUAUGCUGGUAGUGUGGGUGUUACCAAUCCUUCUUCGUAUGCCAAUCGAAACACUGCGCCACAAUCGGAAAUUACAAUGGAUGACGUUGUGCGCGUACUGGCAGGUGAGCUGCUUCGUGGUAAAGUUGUCGGUCGGUCCGCUCCCCUGAGUGCGGAAGAAGGCCGGGCUUUGGCAUCAUCUGUUGUCUCAAGCCUCACGGCAACAUAUGCCAAACUGCCAGGCAGCUCUGCUGCGCUUAUGUCUGCAUUGCACCUAGGACUCGGACACCAGUUUGGCUAUCCCGGUGUUACUGAAAGUCUUAUGACUACCCAUAUCGAGAUGCUGCCAUCGGCUCCCGCAAAUGUUUCAAGCAUCGAUGGAGCCUCGUCAAACCAAGUUUAUACUAUCGUUCAUGAGUACAAGCACGGGCUACGGUUCUUGACCAAGGUGACUUACGGGAACCUCAACAUUGGAAAGUCCGACAGCAACAAGCUCGACAGCUCACUUAGGACAACUGACGAGCUGGAAAACAGUGUUGCCGAUCUGGACAGCAUGGCGGAUGCUGAAUUCGAAGUGGAUGGUGCGGAUGGGAGCGCCUCUGAGGGUACGUGGAAGCAACGGUACCUCAAGCUUCGUGCGCAGAUGCAGAAAAAAGAACGUUCUCUAUCGAACUAUAAGCGCAAGAUCUUAGAGUCUGUCAUGGCAGACCUCUAAUGGACUCGAUGGAAAAUUGAGUUUGAUAUUGUCUUCCUCUUCUUCUUCCGGCAAUGUUUAUCGUGAUACCCUACUGGAUGUUGUUGUGGAAACGACAGGCAACAUUACCAGCACGUGCUAUUUUGAAUAUAAUCCUACUAUUUGUUUCCAAAUCCGACGCGAAGCGGCUUUUCGCCGUUGAUCUUUGCUCGAUGUUUUUUCACCGAUACCCUUUGAGCGAACUUCCUUCAGUGUGUAUCCUACUUAAUAUAGAAUCCGCUUUUCCGACGUCUCUAUGCAAGUUGUGCUAGGAUUGUUUGGGCCU